UUAUAAAAAGUAUAUUUUAAAUAUGAAGAAAACUGAUGUUUUUCGUACAUUAGAGAAAGGUGAACGUGUAACUAGCGUAUAUGCACAAACUUACUUGAAUGAUGAUUAUUGUGAAUUCAAGAAGCCAACUGAGAAAUCUGACCGGGUCUCGGAACCUGAAAAACCGGGCGCGGAAGAUGAGUGGAUCUCUCCUAGUGACUUAUUAAUUGGUAUUGUAGAUUUAAAACCCCCUUUUACCUCAAAAAUAACAAGAGGCAUUACUCACCAAGGCAUUCUAGAUAUAGGCAAUGAUGUAUUAGAAAGAGAACGUGUCAGAUUUUUAAAUUAUAUGAGUAACGUCAUCAGCGAAAAUGAUGCUGCAUGGAAUUAUAUAUUGGAACAUGAAAAAUCUUCUGUAGCAAAAAAAGUAAAAGCUAUCUAUCAUGAUAUUUUAAUGGACAAAAGUAAAACUUUAUUGAAAGAAAUAAAUAUAUUUUAUGAACAAAGUUUACAAGAACUUGAAGAUCACCUAAGGUCUGAAGUGCAAAACGUAUUGGUAACUGCACAUGCUAAUAUUAUCAGUGAUCUCAAUUUUGAAAUAAGAGAUAAACUGAAGAAAGAAAGACUCAUUUUAGAAGAUGUUCUACAGAAAAGGUUUGAUAGUGAAAUAGAAAAAAUAACUCACUAUUAUAAAUUACUUCUAGAUAAUGAAAUUUACAGAAAUCAAAAACUAGUCAAUCAAGCAAUAUUCGAAAGAAAUGAUGCCCUUAAAGCUUUCUAUAAGCAGAUAGAAGCACAAAACAUUACGAGUACUAUGUAUGUUAUGUGCACGGAACGAAAGAAAUGUAAGAUACGAAAGUUUCUUCUAGAGAAUAUUCAUAGUACUGAAAUUGCUGAAAAACUACAAAAAAUUAAAGAACGUCAGGAAAUUAUUGAUUCUUUCAAAUCAAAGGAAAAGCAAAUAUCUGACAUUAAUAAGGAAUGGGAAAUCAAAAUAAAAAAGAUACUGAAACUGUUUUUAAAGUUCGUCAGUUUUAGUUUGAAACUGCUACCUGAACAAACAACAUUUUUGCUUGAUUUGGAGAAAAUGGUUGUCUUACAAUUGAAUGAAAUGCAAAAAGCGCCUAUGAAAAAUACUUCCAUCUUAAUUGAUGAUAACGAUGAAGAGAAUAUUUUAGAAUUUGAAAAGCCUAAAGAGGAAGAUAUCGUUUGCGAUAAAGAACCAUUUGUAAUUGAAGGUGAUUUAAAUGAUCCAGUUCCACCACAAUAUGGUAGUAGAGAAACCUUAGCAUCAGAUGUAGAACUUCCUUAUAUAAGACUUCAGAGGAAGUUUAUAUAUGCCAAGUGUGGUAAAAUGGAUGAAGUAAGGGCAUUUCUAGAGUCACAGAGAUGUAAGUGCCGGGACCCACCUCCUGAAGUUCCCGAACCGGAACUUGAAGAAGAAACUGAAGCUGCUAAGGUCGCUGAUGUAGUGGAGGAAGUUCAAAGUGAGGCUUCAUCAUAUGAACCUUUACUAUUGGAUGAUAUUGAAAUACUUAAACACUGUCCUGUAAGAAAAUGCCAAGACUGGGUCAAAAGAUAUAGUUUUCCGUGGUUGGUUUCCUAUUUGGAUUUUAGUGAAGAAAAUUAUGAGAGGGUUAAAACAAUACUGGGUAAAUUACCUGACCAAGAUCCCAUUCCAGAACUUAUAGAUCCCACAGACAUAAUUAAUCAAGAGCUCCCAUUCGGCCCUACUAAAGAACCGUUUCAUAACGUUGGUACACAAUACUCCAGCCAAGACGACGUUUCUAUUAAUUUUACAUGUCCUUGUAUGGGUGGUAACAAUAUGAAAAUCAAGGAUUCUGAACCCAAAAUCAAGAUGUCCGAAAGUAGGGAAAUUAAAAAUAUAGUUCUGCAACGGCAACAAUCAUUCGAACGAGUACUAAAUGAACACCCUAAACUGCUGAAACUUUUCACGGAUGAAAGUUAUGAUUUUGUUUAUACAAUUAAAUAG